AUGUCCGCCUCCAACAUCGUGACCGGUAGUUGUCUCUGCCAGAAAAUUCGCUACAAAGUGACCGGACCUCCCAAAACAACCAUCAUCUGCCACUGUGACAGUUGUCGCAAAAGCACGGGCUCUGCUUUCAUGGCGAACAGCUUCUGCCUGAAAGAUCAACUACAACUCCUUACCGGGGAAGAUGUUCUGAGAGUUUACAAAGACAAGGACACGGCGUCGGGUAAUACGCUGUUGAGGUCAUUUUGCUCCAACUGUGGUUCGCCCUUGUUUAUCAGCAGCAAGUCCCUAGAGUAUAAUGCGGUGACCGUCACCUCAGGCACCAUGAAUCUAGGACCUUCGAAGAGCGAGUGGGAGCCCAAGAUGGAAGUCUUCUGUAUGAGGCGGAGAGAGUGGCUUGCACCUAUGGAGGGGACAGAGAAGCGCGACACCAUGUAA